UGCUGGCAGUUAACUGAAGAGGCGCUGUUAAAAUCAGCUGUAAAGGCAGUGUUCAAAAUUUGGAAUUGGCGUCUGUGUGUUUUGUUUACUUAAUUUCAUAAUUUAUUUACAAUAUGGAAUUGCCGGCACGCAUUGUUUAUGUGUGCAGUCUGUGUCUACGACAAUAUGAUUUGCUGGAGGAUCUGCGGGGCCACAUGAUGUUCUUCCAUGGCUAUAAACCGUUGCCCACAACAGGAGUUAAGCAGUCAAAUGUCAAGCAAACAGAGACACAGCUGUCCAAAAGAGUCUCAAUGCCGCCACCAUCGCCAUCGCCACCUGCGGAGCUACAACCCAUGCCCUUCAAGGACUUUCGCUUAGCGCUGCGCGUGAACAUGCGAGUGCCCUGUGCUGAGAUCAGUGGCUGCGUCUACAAAUUCGAGGAUGCCAACAAACAGACGCUGCAUGCCAAGUGCCACAAAGGCGAGACUUACAGCUGCAGCGAGUGCGGACAGGAGCAAGCAAACUGGCGACGCUGCUCGGCGCAUCUGUGGAAGGAGCAUCAAAUCGAUGUGGAUUUGUUGCAAUGUCCCGUGGCAGGUUGCGACUACAAGUCGCCGCUAUCAGCCCUCGUCUGGCGGCAUAUGCGGGUACAUAAGAAAUGGCGGACCAGAGUUUUGCGACGCGAAUUGUGGCGACGUCGCAUCCAGAAGCAGCAGCAACAACAACAGCAAUUGCUGCUGGACGAGGCAACCAACAGCCAGGCGCCAUUGCAGCCUGCAGCUGAGGUGAAGAAGAACAAAUACUAUGCGGAAAAGACUUGUGAGAUUUGCCAGCAAAAGUUUGUCAAUGGCAAAACGCUGUCGAAACAUGUGAAGACAGUGCACAACAAAAUCAAACCCUUCAUAUGCAACGUGUGUGGCAAGAAGACGGCGCGCAAAGCAAGCUUAAUCAUACACAUGCGACAGCAUACAGGAGAGAAGCCUCUAAAGUGUGAGCACUGCAAAUUUGCCACUCGAGAUCCCAGCUCACUGUUCAAGCAUCGUCAGCGGCAUUUAAAGGAUGCGGCAGCCACAACUGUGCCACCAACUAGUUAGGAUUAAGAUUAAGUUUAGUUAAGGACUCUAGUUUGAAUUUUAAAUGUUCAUUUAUUGAGUUUACGUUUACCAUUUAAUGUUAAUAUCAUUUUAGAAUCUGAUAUGAUUUUGGUUUUUUGUUUUUCUUUUUUACAACAUUUUGAAAUUUAGCUUAUGUUGGUUUACGUUUUUAUUUUUUUGGAUUUGUUUGGUUUAUUAAUUGUUUUUAUGUUUAAACUAGUUUUCUUUUGUUUAUUUUGUAAUUGUAAUUUUAAAAAUCUAACCUCAUCGUCUUGUGGUCUGAGCCUCUUUCUCCAGGUUCUCUGUGUACGCUUUCCAGUAUUUCAGUUAGCCUCAGUCCAUUUUUGUGAGAUCGGCGCACACAAUAUAUAAUUUAUAUAUAUAUAUAUGCGUGUAUGUAUGUAUGUAUAUCGUAAUAUAUAAUUGCCUAAUUGUUUAUAAUGUCAACUCAACAUAAAUAGUUUUAAUAUGUUUUCUUUUUGUUUUGGUAAUUAAUUAAUUUAAUUAUUUAGUUGAUCGUUUGAAGUGAUCUGAUUCGGCGACUCCGAUCUGAAGAGUCUUAAGAGUUAAGUAUGUAUUAAGUAUUGUGGUACUUUAGCUGUGUUUACUACUCGAUUAAUCAUUCCAAAUCAAUAAAUGUGUAUAUAUUGUUCAUUUUGUUUUUUUGUUUUGCAAUAAUUUUUAUUGUCUGCGUUUGAUUUGAAUAUCAAAACAUUUUUGUCGCUCUCAAGUACAUAUUUAGAGAUAAAAAAUGAUGCUAUGUUUGAAAUAAAAGUCUCCAGUGUAAAAUUGUUGAAAUACAAUUAAU